UAAUGUUGUUUCACGAAAAAUCUAUUCCAGACACGUAUACGUUGAAAGCUUUAUAAUUACGUUACGUUAGAAAAAACAACGAGCUUAUAAUUCUUUUCACAUAUAGAUUUUUUUAAAGGAAAACUUUAAAUUAUUAUUUUAUACAAUGGCUAUGUUCGAAGAUCAGCUUUCUGCUUUGCUAGAAUGUAAGAUUUGCAUGGACACAUAUGAUAACCCUAAAUUUCUUAGUUGUGGACACACGUACUGCAAGAAUUGCUUGGAUGACAUUCUGGUUUUUCAGAAAAACGGCAGCGCAGAAAUUCGUUGCCCUUUGAAAUGUAAAAGCGUCGUGACAAUAGCUGAAAACGACACAACAUCACUUUUAUCAACUAAUUAUCCGCUUUCAGACAUCAUAGAUCAGUUUGGAAGUGAGAGUCAAGGAUCGUUAGGUCAUCAGCGUGCACUAUGUCAACAAACAGAUCAUUGCAAGCAUGACAUUGCUUUGAUGUGUACAACAUGUGGUCUACAGAGCUGUGACCAAUGCAAGGAACUGCAUACUUGCCAACCAAAAUCAUUCACAACCGUAACCUUUGAUAAAAAAUUAGAAGAAAUUCGACCAUUAUGCAACCAACAUAACACUCUUGCAAAGCAGGUCUGCCUAGAAUGUGAAAAUAUGUUCACUUGCAGAUACUGUAUAAAUAGAGAUCAUUUGAGCCAUAGGAGAAAAUCUAUUGCUGAAUUUAGCGUUGAAGCGAAGACGUGGUUUCAGUCUUUUAUAGAAACCUUUAAGGAUACGAAAGUCUUGUUGGAGAGGUUAACAGGAAAAUAUAAUGAAGCCUUUAUGAACUUGGAAAGUGAAAGGGAAAAAUUAGUUUGUGAAUUGGAAGCAAGAAAAUUAAAACGAGUGGAGCAAUAUAUUGAACGGUUAAAUAACGAGAACCAAAACCUGUUGAGAAAAUUUGAUAAAAAAGUUUCAGAAUUUAGAAAAAACGUUACUGCUGCGGGUUAUACGGAUGAUGCCAAAAUAAAACAAGCUUCGGACUAUAUUGACGCAUUUAAUUCAAAAGCUGAUUUUGAGUUAGUUGCUCAGAAAGUGGAAAUUGAAAGACAACUACGCGGCAUUGCAUCGGCUCCAUCGACUGUUCCGAGUCUAAAUUCUAAUCUAGAAGAUUUUGAUGAUCAGAACUUGUUAUUCAAUCCAUUGGGCGUGUUGACAGUUUCCAUUAUUGAUAUAAGUACUGCUGGUGUAGAUGCUGGCAAAAAAUCUGUUUGCGUAAGUCACGUUAGUGAAACUGAAAUAAAAUGUAAUCAAUUAGAUUUAAAGCAAAGUUUGAUGGAUUUAGUGGAAUGUUUAAAUAAGAAUGAAAAACCUGCUGAUAAUGUUCGAGCUGUGAUAAAAAGGGACAUCAAGGCAAAAGAAACAGAGAAAUUUAAAAAAUCUUAUACAUUUGAAGAAGUUGAGAAAAUCAUGGAAAAUGGCGACGAAAAGACAUUACAAGCAAUUCUUAUAAACAAUCCAAAUGUCGUUAAAAUGGAAGGUGCUUACGAUAAAAGCACGCUUUUAAUCUCAGCUGCAAUGACUAACAAACCAAGAAACAUCAUAAUAAUGUUAAUUGAUGCUGGUAGUGAUGUGUAUGCUGUGAAUAAGUAUAAAUGGAAUGCAUAUCACUACAGUGCAGGUUAUGGUCAUCAAGAAGUUUUAAAAGUUCUAAUUAACUAUGGCAACAAUAACAUUAACAAUGCAGAUAAAUACGGUAAUACACCACUACAUCUUGCAUCGCGACGUAAUUAUAUUGAGUGUGUUAAAUUACUGUUAUCUAUACCACAAAUUGAUGUAAAUAGACGAAACAAUCCCAUGCAAACUGCUUAUGAUGUUACUGAUGUGGAUGCUAUUAAAUGUUUAUUAAAAAAACACCGAAGAAAAAUAUUUCUUAAUGUUUUUAAUAAAUAUUGUUAAAUUGUAAUAUGUAAUUUAAAACAAUGUCAUCGCUGUACUAAAUAACAAAACCUAGGUUUAUUUUCCACGGAUUUAGCCCGCAGAAAUUUACUGCCGGCUACCUCUUUGCUGCCAUUUUCACUACUGAAAGUACUGUACAUCAUAGCACGUACGACGUAGUGUGGAUCAGAUCCGAAGAUAUGUUUCGACCUUUUCAUCUCUUGUUUUGCCGUUAAAAUGCACCACGCUAUCGUAAACGUACGCUGGCCAUCAAACUUAGGAAAAUUCUAACAACAAGUGCCAUAACGCAGGUUCUUCCGAAACAAAAUUACGGAGAGGUUUGCGUGAGUAAUCAUUAAAAGUUGCCCUUUAAGCUUGAAAACGCGCACAGAAGUAAUUUUUCUUUGAAGAUUUUAUAGUCUUACGGCUUGACCAAACAUACUGACUACGUGGAUAUAAUAAAAUAUCGUACUUCUGCGGGGUUUUUUUUUUUUUUUUUUUUUUUUGAUUUGUGUUUAGUUUUCAGGUUUGUCUAUUUUUUUACAAUUUCUGCAAUGUCAAUUUUCGCUGGAGUUUUUUUAAAAUGGUAUGUGAUAUGUUUUUACUCAUUUCGUGGAACCAUUUUUUACCCUUGUCAAAUUGCGCCAUUCUAUCUUUUCAAAAAAAAAAAAAAAACAUUUAUGUUUCCCACGCAAUAUCCACUUUGAUUACUUCGCAAAUUGUUUCACCGAUUGCACGUCAACUUUACUGAACACAAAUC